AACACUGUGUAACAAAGUGCCUGAUCGCGGGAACAGUUAUCUAGAUCUACACAUUUGACCUAUAACAUAUUGCUGUUUCAUUUUAUUAAUUGGCGUUUCUUUACUUAACAAACAAAAAAACAACAGAAUGCAUUUAAGUAUUUCUAUGUCUUUUCGUCUGUAUAAAAUGUACAUGUUGAUUGUAUACUGAUAUUAUUACUUGAGUGUUUACUGUGUAAUCUAAUAGAAAGCAAGGUUCGUGUGUUGGUGUAAAAGAACAACAACUUUGCCAAUGCAAAACAAACAUGGCGGAGACCGAUCAAGAAACAGGACUGUUAAAUGGAACCGUGUCACAUUCUGACGUUGCUAGUAUGAUAGAUGCUACACAUGUCCAAGUAGAUCAGGAUGGAAUGAGUGAAGAAUUGCUUCGUCAAGCUUUAGCAGAAGCCAACGCUUUUGCAUCUGUUAGCUACGCAGUUUCAGGUAACGAUUCCGAAGUUUGUGACACAGGUCAAGAUAACGCAGACGUUAAUGGUGAUCUAACAAGCGUUAAUUCUGUUGAAAAUGGCUCAGAAACACAAUUGUCUACAAAUUCUGAAGCCGUUCUUGUGCAUAAUUCAAGUAAUUUACUUAACGGGUCAUCAGAGUCCAUAUUUACAAAUGGUACUUCAAAUGUACUUGGUAUUGAAUCCAAUGGACAUUUUACAGUUGACAUAGGGUUAGAAUCCCUUCCAGAGGGCCAUAUAAUUUCAAUUCCAAAUGAUAUUAUGUCAGGUUCUGUUAUUAUUCCCGGAACACAAAAUGACCAGCUCCAGCAGUCAGUUGAUCCUCAGGUUAUUGAAAAUGAGGAAGGUCAGUUACUUCAGGAUGACUCCACCUCCAUGGAGAGUGAAUAUAUUCAAGGAAAUACCAAUGAGCAACUUUCCCAAAGUGAGACAUUUACACAUCCUAAUACUAUAACAGUGUCAGCACCGAGCGGCAUUCAAAUGUCUCAGGAAGUACUACAGAAUGUCAUUCAGCAGGUCCAAGCGCAGCAAGCUUUGGCUGCCCAGAAAAAACAUCUGACAGACACAUCUAAUUCACAACAGGAAACGAUAAGCUUUACUCUUGUAUCUCCUAGUCAACCAAAUAAUGCUUCUCCUCCUCUAGGCUCGAGUCAGAAUCCUAUACGUAUCAUCCAGCAGGGUAAUCGAUACACACCUAUGCAGCAGCUUACUGCCGAACAACUCCAGCAGAUCAUGCAAGUGGUACAACAGCAGCAUGUUAGUAAAAACUCCCAGGACAACGGAGGCUCUGUCAUAUUCAAUCCACAAACGAAUACUAGAAUAAUGUACAGAGUUAUCUACCCAUCUGAGCUACACAAGUCGCAGAAUGCAACGACAUACCAUGUCAUACGCCCAUCCACAGCUACUCAGGAACAACAGACUGCCAAUUCACAACACAAGCGACCUUACCGUAAACGGAAAGAUGUUUCAAAUAACUCUGCUGGCAUUGAGGAUGAGGAAAAAGACAAGAGUGUGAGCGAUACCCCAGAGCUCUCCAAAGAAGAAAAGGAGGAGCGAAAGAAGCAUAGGCCUCGGACACGGUCUGGUCGAGUGUCCAAACCGCCCAAACAUAUGGUUCAAGACUACAAGCACAUUCAUGUCCUAGACUGGGACGAGGAUUACGAUGAUUCUGAUGGUGGAUAUUCUGAUUUCAAACACAGCGACGAGGAAGAUAAAAUUAAACAGGAAGUUGAUGAUGAAAGCUUAGCGUCACCAGAUCUUUCAAGUAAUAGGGGAGGACGACCCAGAAACCACAGAUGUCAGACCUGCGACAAGUCUUACAUUGGCCAGGCUGGGCUGAACCGUCACUACCGGCUGAAUCCUGACCAUUGCACAAAUCCUUCAGAAAAUGGCAGCAUCUCUUCAUUACACAAUGGCUCUUUAGAUGGAGAAGAUAGUAAAGAUGCCUCCCUCUUGCAGGAUGGCAGCUCGUCUCACAUGUCCGACACCACAGCGGAGGUGUCCAAAAUCAAUGAUGGGAUGGAGAACUUCUCAGAAGACUCCAACACCCAGGACUCGCUGAAUUCCAUUGGCGCCACCUCCCCGGUUGUAAAGAGAGGUCGGGGCCGAGGAGGCUACAGGGGGCGUUGGGCUCACUGGAAACAAAACGCUCAGCUUAGGAGAAAAAGUAAAUUAAAAGAGUUAAUAAAACAAUGCAAAGAUGAGGAACUGAUGGAGGUGGUCCUACCAAGGCUGGUCAACAGCGUCUCUGUUUGGGAGUUUUUGAUGAUGAAGUCUGAGAAAGGUGGAUCCAGACCGCAGGUGGAUGUAAUCUACAGAGAGUUUGAGUCUCUAAGACAACAUGUCCAGAAGGCCUGUGCUGACUACAUGAAACCUUUGAGUCCAGAGGAACUUGUGGAUGACAACUUACAGUGUAAAAUGAUCAAAGUGUCUGACAAAAAUUUGGCAACAUGUUUAGGCUUGGAUACAUUGACCUACAGAGUCCGAGAAAUGCCACCUGGUGACAGUAACUCCUUUUCUUCUCUGCAUAAUAAACUGUCCGCUGCAGCAUUGACUGUUGUAUCCAAUACUAAACCAACUUCAGAUCAACCAGAUGCCAAGCGUUCAGGUUCUGAGGUGCCCUUAGAACAAGGGCAAAAUCAGGUGAAGAAGCCGAAAAUAAGUACUUAUGUCUCCUGGGAUAGAUUGUCUCAGCCUGCGAAUGUGAAUGCAUCAGUGGUCACGUCACAACAGGGUUCAUCCCUCGAAGAGAAAACAAUUAUUUCAAGGUCUGAUUCUUCAUUGUCGUCUGUUUCUUCUCUUUCCUCGUCGUCCGUGACAUCCCCACAGUUAAACUUUUCUACUGCAGUGACCUCAUCCACUGUGACAACAUCUUCAUCUCCCCCAACGUUCACCUCAUCGGUUUCCAAGCCAGUCUCUGUGUCGUCUGUCACUGUCAGAUCCCCUUUUGUUCAUAUAGCAUGCCCAACCACAGUCUCGUAUGUCCUGGCUGACUCAAAAGGGCAGCAUCUUCUUGGGGCAAACAAAGGGGCCAGCAAAGGUCAGUCUGUCCCUGUCCUCAUCACCCCUCAGCUGACCACUGGGCAAAUUUUGCCAACUAUCUCCAGUGUCCAACCAAAAAUCUUAGUAGCUACACCACAAAGUCAGCAGGCCUCGAUAGCAGCCACCACUGCGAGCCAACAGCCAAAUGCGACAACUUUACUUUUGGCAACAGCUGCACCUCCUUCAGCGCAGCACAGAGUGGUGGUUAGGCAACCCCCCCAACAAACCAAGAUUCUUGUGCCCAGUCAGUCCACUGUGGGCAAACCUCAGGGCAUGUCAACCAUUUCAUUGUUCAGCACAACAGCCAGCCCCUCGGUCAGCCACUCUCGGUCGAUACUGAGCCAGGCGAAACCUGCAGAAGUCAAGGUUUCCAGGCAGCUCUUCCAUGACACCACAUCCUCGACUAUUUCCACCUCUGUUGCGCUCUCCAAUGGCCGCAGCAGUAACAAAACGGCUAGCUUAUUAUCGACUUCUCAAACAGUAUUCCAGCCACAUUUGCCUGCUAGGACUACAACUGUUCCGGCCAUCUCUCCAAUAGUCAGUAGCAACACGACAGAGGCUACUAAACCCAAACCAGUGCUUUCCACUAGGACUUUGGUGACCCCUCCCUCAGGUCAACAGUUCAUUGCCAGUCCAAACAAAGCAACUGGGGUCCAGGUGAUUGUCUCUGAGUCAGAAAUGGACGACAUUGAGGUACUGAAUUCUCUGGGUUUCACCGAUGAUCUUAGCACACUGGCGGUCUCUGCUGAUAACUUGAAUGGCACGCUCUCAACAACCGACCUCGUCUCUGUCUCCAGUGUCACAGAGGCAGAUUCUUUCCUUCACCCCCAGGCCACAGACUCUAAUUGUAAAUAUGUCACAACAGGUGAGGCUUCUGUCACAUCCUCACCGUCCUUUGGUAUGAUACAAAAUGGAACCAUUAGCGUACUGGAUGGCAUGGCGUACAUUAACGGCAGCUCAACAGAUUUCUCGACCAAUUCCUCGCCCCCAAUUAGUAUCAAAGACAGCAGCAACGUCAGUGCUGGGACAUUGGUGGUAUCCAGUGCCACAUCCACUGGAGAUUUUAUCAUUUCUAAAUCCCAAAUGGGCUUUAGCUCCACCAUGCUCCACUCCAGCCCUUACACCAAUGGAGGUAGCCAGGAUAUUAAGACUGAGUCUUUGAACAACUCCUCGAUGAUAUUAGCAGACAUGUCGGGACUGCAGUAUGAACAGGCCGAUGCCUCUGUUCAUCUGAAUGGCAGAUCCCUACUACAGUCUGUAGAGACUCCAGAGGACUCUAUCAACUUGCUGUCUGAUAAUCUGCCAGUGUCCGAACCUCCGGAUGCUGAUGCUCACUUUCUGGACACAAGGGAUAGUGGAAUGCCCAGCGGGGACGAGGUAGAUAACCAGAUUUAUUUGUCUGAGGGAACAAAUAUUUAUCAAACAGAAGAUGGUACUAUAAUUAUUCAGAGUGCCGACGGCAACACCUAUCAGCUUCAAGGUGCCCAGGGCCUGUCUCUGGAAACCGUCCAGGCUCUGCUGUCUGGUCAGCUGAACCAGCUGACUGAAGAUACCGGAUCAGGUGGUGUUCAAAUGCUUUAAGUACUUUCACUGUCCAGUGUAGGUCUUUCCUCAGUACAGAGUUGUAUUUUUUUUUUUAAACCAGUUUAUUUGUUUUCUGUUUUUGUUUCACCUCAUGAAGGUGUGUGGAGAAACAUAGUCACAGCUCCGUGUUGGUAACUUAAUCAAAGGAAGAGAGAAUUGUAUAUUAAUGGUUGUGACUAAACUACUUCUAGAGGAACUUGAAAAAGUCAUUCAAGUUAGAGUUGAGAUAGCAUAAUGGAUUCUGUUUCUUAAGUCAUUUUGGGGGGGGGGGGGGGGGGGUAUCUGGGCCUUGCAUUGGCUUAUUCUAUUUUGCAUAAAUAUAUGCACUAAUCUAAGGGAGCCUCCACACUGCUUAUGGUUACUAUACAUUGUUGUUAUCUGUUGGUAUGGGUUAAAGUUGACUGGGAUAAGAUAUUUACUUACAAGUUUACUGUCCUUUAUUUGAUUCAUACAUGAAGACACAAACACAUUUACACACACACACACACACAGUCAAUUAAUUCUCUAUUGUUGUAGUCCAACACUUGAGUUGAAAUAAAAACAUAUUUACAUG